AUUUAGACUUAUCUUUUGGUACCGCAGCCAGUUUAGUUAUGUAGUUACUGUUAUCUUUACAGUAACUACAGUAAUUGUAAUAGAGAGUAAAUUAAGGUUGCGUUAACUUUUUAUAUACAGGUUUUUGUUUAAUUUAGUGAAAUUAAGCUAAUAUAUUCAUGUUUCAGCUGUAACUAGUUUAGUUAGCCACAUACAGUAACUUGCUAUUCAUGUUGUCGCGAGAUAACGGCUUGCCAUCAGGAGGUAGUUAGCUACUAAUCUACCUAUCUAUCGUAAAAAAAGCUUUGGUGAUGUGUCGUUAGGACUAGUAGGAGCCUACUGUAGUUUGUAAGAGUUUACCCUCAGGUUAAUUACGAAAGACUGGGUAGGACAGGAGCUAGUUACACGGUGGUAAAUAACUAAGUAAUACAUAUAUAGUUUUUGCGGUCUACAGUACUUUCGCUAGAAAUGUUGGAUUUACAAUAUAUAUCAAUUAAGCAGACAACCACCCACCGUCCUUGUUUGGUGCGUAACACCUGUACAGAUGUAGUUCAUGUUGCAUUGUAAUCCAAUGCCAUUGUACCCCUGUUUGAAAUUAGGGAACUGAAGGUAGUGAUUGAACAAAUGGAGUAAUGCUGAGAAGCAUCCUAGGAAAUAUAUAAACUUUUACUACUGUACUGUUGCUUGCUUGCCAGCUAAGCAAUGCAUCAGCCUUCAUCCAUUGUGCAGGUUACAGAAAAUGUUAAUGAUGGUUACGGGAGGAACUUCCGUCUUCAACUGUAGUCUAAGCAGUUUCCAAGGGCACACUUUUAUGCCACCUAUGGUUUAUUAACACAUCUUUGACUCUGGAGGAAUAUUGGACUUCUGAAUAAACAGAUUCUCCCAACCUGAACCACAACCUGCUGCCACCCUGGCGAUGUCAAGAGUCCCGAGUCCCCCUCCCCCUGCGGAAAUGUCCAGCGGGCCUGUGGCGGAGAGCUGGUGCUAUACUCAGAUUAAAGUGGUUAAGUUCUCCUACAUGUGGACCAUCAACAACUUCAGUUUUUGUCGCGAGGAGAUGGGCGAGGUCAUUAAGAGCUCCACCUUCUCUUCAGGAGCCAAUGAUAAGCUUAAAUGGUGUCUGCGGGUGAACCCCAAAGGGCUGGAUGAGGAGAGCAAAGACUACCUUUCCCUCUAUCUGCUCCUGGUCAGUUGUCCAAAGGCUGAGGUGCGCGCCAAAUUCAAGUUCUCCAUCCUCAACGCCAAGGGAGAGGAGACCAAAGCCAUGGAAAGCCAGAGAGCAUAUCGGUUUGUUCAGGGGAAGGACUGGGGCUUCAAGAAGUUCAUCCGCCGAGACUUCCUGUUGGACGAGGCCAACGGUCUUCUGCCAGACGAUAAGCUUACCUUGUUCUGUGAGGUAAGUGUGGUGCAGGACUCUGUAAACAUCUCCGGUCAGAAUACCAUGAAUAUGGUGAAGGUGCCGGACUGCAGACUUGCUGACGAGCUGGGCGGGCUAUGGGAGAACUCACGCUUCACAGACUGCUCCCUGUGUGUGGCCGGGCAGGAGUUCCAGGCCCACAAAGCCAUCCUGGCAGCUCGCUCUCCUGUGUUUAGUGCCAUGUUUGAGCAUGAGAUGGAGGAAAGCAAGAAGAACCGAGUGGAGAUCAAUGACGUGGAGCCGGAGGUCUUCAAAGAAAUGAUGUGUUUCAUCUACACAGACAAGGCCCCCAAUUUGGACAAGAUGGCAGAUGAUCUUCUAGCAGCCGCUGACAAGUAUGCCCUGGAGAGGCUGAAGGUGAUGUGUGAGGACGCUCUCUGCACCAGUCUUUCUGUGGAGAAUGCCGCAGAGAUCCUCAUUCUGGCAGACCUGCACAGUGCUGACCAGCUCAAAACCCAGGCGGUGGACUUCAUCAACUACCAUGCUGCUGAGGUGAUGGAGACGGCAGGCUGGAAGUCCAUGGUGGCCUCCCACCCUCACUUGGUGGCUGAAGCCUACCGCUCACUAGCCUCGGCCCAGUGCCCCUUCCUGGGGCCGCCCCGGAAGCGCCUCAAACAGUCUUAACACUUGGACAGUGAUAUUAACUCCUACCCCCCCACACACCCCACCCCACACCUGCAGUUAACACCUGUCUCUGUUCCUUAUCUGAACCUGCUGUAUUUUAGUGUUUUUCUAAGAUGGAGGGAAAUGGAAGAGAAAAAUGAGGAGAGGACUGCAGAUCAGCCUAAAAAAGUGGAUGUUUCUUUUACAGCCAGCCGCUAAGUUUAGCUUACGCUAAAAAAACCUGUAUCUUCUCAGCUCUGGCUUAAGUGAGGUCUGUGUUUUGUCAUUGUGCUCUAAUAACCACAAGAAGAUCUGCAUCUCUACAGGAGAUGGUGGGAUUGACAAAUCCAACCAAACCCACGAUAAACACUUUUGAUCAGGGAGUAUAUUAGGAGGACAAAAGCAAAGCAAAGGCCUUUGGUGCCCGUGUAGCUUUUUCCGUCCCUUUCUCUGUUCUCGUUGAGAACUGUAGGUGUUGGUGUCAACCCAAAACGGUGUUAAGGGCAGAUUAGACUGGUUAAGUAAUGGCAGCAUGAAGGACCUGUUCACCAUGAUGACCAUCAAGCCCAGUGCCAAGGGUCUGAAGUCAAGGGCUUAUUCAAAGACUGGAGAAAAUAAACAAAAGCCUGUUAAAGGAGUGGAAACGUUGCACUAAUGUUACAGGUGUCCCCCAGGUCUAACCCCACUGCAGCAGAAGCUAUAGAGACUGUAGUGGAGGAGCACCGGACGCAAGCUGAGUGGUCAGAACCCCUGGACGGCCACAGAACAAUUCCCUUUAACCCUCAAGCAUACAUUUUUGGUCAUGGCCUGUAGAUGUUUUAUUAAGUUUAUUAUUUCAAAUCAACUGGAUUUUGAUUUUUUAUUUAGUAAUUUAGAUAUUGAAAUGUUGAAUACAGCUUAAUCAUUGUUUAGUGUAUACAUUUGGACUUAAAACAAAAUCCAGUAAAGAACAUGUUAAUCCGUUAAUGACAUGGUCUUCAUAUCUAUGUUUAUCUGGUGGCAUAGUUUAUCCAGUCUGUCAGAGGGUGGUGGGGGAUCUUUACCAGAUCAUCUGCAAAGAUGUUGUUCUCCAUGUGCUAAUCUAAGAUUGCUCCCCCGUGUACUCAUCUCUGAUGGGCUUAUAAUCUAGAGAGAGAACUGUGACGCAUUGUCCCAAAAAUAAGGAUUUUAUGAUUCCAGGUUUCUAUUAUCAGGGUGUAGGUGGACCUGCUGCAAUGAUCUUGACGUGAGGAGAUAGAGUCCCUUAUGUACUCUGAUAUGGUUAUGACGGGGUAUGAUUGAUUACAAAGUCAAUAUUACCUUAGAUACAGUAUACUGUAUGCUUAGUUGCCGUCUAGUGUGUCUGUGGUAUGAAUAUUUUGUAGAAUUAAUACAAACACAGCUAUUCUCUGAAUGUAAGUUUACGUGCUCUAUUAAUAUGUAUUCUUGGGAAGAAUUGCUGUUCUAUGGAAAAUGUUAUAUAAAUACCCAAAUUCCUGUAAUAUCCUCUUUUAAGAUUUGACAUGUGCAACUUAAGAUGUGGGUUGCUAUAGAAUUUGGUUUGUUGAGGAUCUAUGUAUACAGUUUUAAAGGCAUAGUUCAUCCAAAUUGUAAAGUUACAUAUCGGUGUCCAUAACCUUGUUUGUUCCUCAAGUUAAAAUUAACUGAAAGUAUGUGAAAUUGUGACAUUCAACAAAGGUACUUAAAGAUAAUUGUAAUAUAUUGUGCAAAACAAUUGUUACACUAACUUUGUUGCAUUUGUGGAAUAUUCCAUUUGAAGUCAUUGUAUCACUAUUAGCAUUUUUCAUGCAUUCUUUUUGUCAUUAACAUUAAGUGUCUUUAUUGAGCCUCAAGAUGAAUCUAAAAUACAUUCAGAUUUAGGAAAUGUGUGAAAAGUGCUAAUAUCUGUACCAGGAUCUAGAUGGAAUGUUCUCCUGGGAAAGUAAACCAAAUGAUGGAUUGCUGUCAAAUCUGCUUACAGAGUAGGGAAACUAAUAUGUAAUUUUGGUGAAGAAUAACUUAAGCAUGCUGCAUUAGCCCAUACCACUCCUAUUGUUUCACAAACUGUUGAUAAUCCAUGUAAAAAGUGUUAAUAGCUUGAGGGUUAAAGCUAAAUUAUCUACAAAGUAGAGAGGGGAUUUAAAUAGCAAUGCACAACUUAAUUUUCUUGGGGGGUGGGGGGGCUCUCUUUGUAGCACUUGAGAAGGUAAUCUCGAUUUAUGUUGGAAAAUAACCGAAAUUCUGCGUAUCCGUUACAUUGCAAUAUCAUAUUAGGCUUCAAUCAGGCUUGUAAAUAUAAUUUUUUCUGAUUUACAUUCUAGUUUUUCCUCAGAACUGUCUUUGUGGUUUUUCAUAAGAAUUUGUACAGACACAAAGUAUUUUUGAACAAUGUAAACAAACAUUUUCAACCAUGAAAUUGAAAAGCGUGGCAGGGGAAUUUUAUUUUUUACCUUCAACCUGGGGAGAGAAGAAUUAAAUGAACACGUUUUAAUGUUCAAGAUAAGCAGAAUGUGGUAUGAUAAAACAAUAUAAAAAAAUAAAAAGUUUGACUACAGUUUUUACCUGGCUGCAAAUGAAUUUUCAUAUUAUCUUGGGGUAAGGAGCCAUUGCUGUUUCUUUCCUGUAGAAUUGUCCUAUUAAUGAUCUGUGAUACUUCGUUUUUGCUGUUUUCCCCCGCAAAAGGAAUAAACCACAGCUAUUUUGUAA